CUAAAUCCCGCGCUCUCAUCUUUUUCUCUCCCCCUCUCGUCAUCUCAUUCUCACCUUCUUCCUCUUCCUCUUUCUCUUCUUCUUCUCUCCCACAUCUGAGAGCUCUUCUCUUAUUAUUCAUCUCUCUUUUUAAAAUCUCUCUCCUCUCCCCCCUCCCCCCUCCCCCCCCUCAAACCUGUCUAAUGACAUCGCUCCCUCCCAAGGCAGACGUUCAAUCUAACGGACAGUCCGGCGUCUCUUCUCCUUCCUCCGCCACCGCGAAUCAAGCGACGACGACCUCUUCGUCUUCGCGCUCCUCCUACGCUAGUGCCACCAAGAAGUCCGCGACGGACUCCACCGCCGCUCCCGUCACCGUGGGCGGCUCGUCGCACCAUGGGAAGUCGUCUGCACCAUCUCCUGUGAGCGGCCAACCCAUGCAGCAGUCCCAGUCGCCGGGCGUCACCAUCGUCAAUGGCGCCCCGGCCGCCUCUGCCUCCUCUCCCUCCGUCCCGGCGAACUCGUCCCAGCCCGAUCACGCCAGAAAACCUUCCGUGACCAUCACCUCCGCCGGUACCUCGGGCUACAUCCCCAACGGGGGUCCGUCUUCGCGUCCCAAUAGUCUGCAGUUUGGCUUCGCCAACCAGCAGACCUCUCCCAACCUGGGGGCCCCGGCCGCCUUGUCCGGUCCGCCCCAGUCGGGUCUGGGCGUCGCUGCCACGGCGAACCCGCGCAUCACUUCGCCUCAGACUUCGCCCUCGCCGAUCCCUCAGCCGGCCUCCAGCGGCGGUCGUCCUCCUCCGUCGUCCUAUCAGUCGCAGGGGAACGUUCCCAACUUUGGAAGUUUCGGUGAGGCUGGUGACAACAUGCGCCCGUCGUCCCAAGCCCCCCUGGGUCCCGGUCCUCAAUCCACUCACCUGCGCCGCGAAUCCUCCCAGUCUACGCACAGUGAUAUGAGCAACCACAUGGGCAGUGGCCCCGGUCGGGGUGGCUACCCGCACCAGGGUGGCCGCGGUCGCGGAUACUCGCAGUCGGGCUAUCAGGGCCAGAUGCCCUACUCGCCCGGUCCCAACUUCCGCUCCCCCAACCAGCCCCGGGGCGGUCCCAACAUGGGCCCGCAGUUCCAUGGCCCCAACCAGGGUCGCCCGAUGGGCCCCUUCCCCAACUCGCCGCACCAGGCCAACCGCAGCCCGGCCCUGGCCAACGCCCACCCGGCCACCACGCCGCAGAUGAACCAGGUCCCCAUGGCCCAUCCCCAGAUGCCUCCCCAGCCCUACGGCUACGGGCAACACAUGGCCCCCCAGACUAACUACCCCUACGAUGCUGGCUACGGCUACUACCCGCCCAACAACUACGGCAUGCAGUUCAUGACCCCCCCGUCGCCCCAACCCCGGCCCGGCAUCCCCUACCCCGCCCAGCCGGGCUUCGUCCAGGGCCAGUACCCCGUGCCCGCCGGUCCCCCCCAGGCCACCCCGCUGUCGCGCACCCCCUCCCAGGUGUCCAACGACCGACCUGGCUCGAGCCUGGGCGGCCAGGGGCCCCCGCCCCCGGUCGGACCCGCCGGUCCCGGCCACGCCCACAGCGGCAGCCGCGCGGGCAACAGCCCCAACCCCACCGCAAAGAACUUCGUCAUCCCGCCCGCCAAGCGCAGCCCCAUCGUCAUCCGGGACCCCGGCACCGGCUCCGUUAAGUCCUUUGAGAAGCCCCCGGCCUCGCCCGCCCGCGCCACUCCGUCCCCCGUCAAGAUCGCGACCCCGACCGCCACGCCGCCCCCGCGCGCCGAUCACGCUCGCACGGACUCCAAGGCUCUCAAGACGGACGAGGAGAAGAAGCAGGAGCUCAAGGAUGCCGUGCGCCAGAAGAUCGAGCAGGAUGAGGCUGACCAGCGGCGCCAGGCCGAGGAGGCCGCUGCCGCUACUGCCGCCGCUGCCAAGCCGACGGAGGCCCCCAAGGCCGCUCCCGCUCCCACGGAGGAGGAGAAGGCCCGCCAGGGUCUGGAGGAUCUCAGCCUGAAGGAGAAGGAGGCGGAGAAGCCGGAGGAGAAGAAGGAGGAGGAGGAGGAGAAGAAGAAGGAGGAGCCCGCGGCGGCUGCCCCUGCCCCGGCCCCCGCUCCGGCUGCCGCUCCGGCCGACGACGACGAAAUCGAUUACGACGCCAUCGAGCGCGAGAUCGCCGAGAUGGAGGCCAAGGAGGCCGAGAUCGAGCGGAAGUACAACGAGGACAAGCAGCGCAAGAAGGAGGAGGCCGAUCGCAAGGAGAAGGAGGAACUCGAGAACUACGAGGCCAACAUGAAGAAGGCCGAGCGCGAGGCCGAGGCUGUCGAGGAGGCCCGGGAGCGCAAGCGCCUGGGACUCCCGACCGAGGGCGAUGCCGCCGCCAAGGGCACUUCGCCGAAGCCCGCGUCCGCCGCGGAUGCCAUGGGCCCGCCCGACAAGCCCGCCAGCGCCGCGGCCGCCAAGCCCAAGCCCGCCGCCCUCAAGCUGGAGACCAAGCCGGUCGAGCCGCCGCAGCCCAGCGCCGCCAUGAAGGCCCUGCAGUCGGCCCGCUUCCUCCGCGAUCUCAGCCAGGUCACCUACCCCGACUCCAUCGUCUCUCCCAACCCGGCCCUCAACGCCAGCGCCCCGACCGAGCGGAAGUUCCACUACAACAAGGAGUUCCUGCUGCAGUUCCAGUCCGUGUUCAAGGAUAAGCCGUCCAUCGACUGGGACGCCCGCGUGCGCGAGACCGUCGGCGACAGCGAUGCCGCCUCCCGCCCCCAAUCGGCGCGCACCCCGAUGGGCAGCCGCAGCGGCUCGCGCACCGGCGGCCUCCCCGGCGCCCCUCAGAUGGGCCACUUCGGCAUGGGCCCGUCGCGGAGCAGCAUGGGUCCCGGCACGCCGUCCGACAUCCGCCUGCAAAACGUCGCCCGCGCCGCCUCCAUGGGUGGCAACCCCUUCGGCCAGUUCCACAACAUGCGCAUGGGCGGACCGUCGCUCAGCCGCACGAACUCGUCCAACGCCAUGGGCAUGCCCCCGUCCCCGCGGGUCGGCUCCGGCCCCCGGUCCAACACGCGCAACACCAGCAAGCGCGAGAAGAACCACCACCGCAAGGAGGAGGAGCUGGCCAAGAGCAUGCCCCUCACCGCCGGCAUGGACGUCGGGGCCCUGCAGGUCUCGUCCUCCGGCUGGAAGCCGCGCAGCCUGGUCCAGUCCGCCGCGGCCGGGCCUGCCCCCGGCUCGACCCAUCUGCCGCCCGACGUUGUGCAGCGGAAGGUCAAGGGUGCGCUGAACAAGAUGACGCCGGAGAACUUCCCGCGGAUCUCGGGCCAGAUCCUGGAGAUCGUCUCGCAGUCCAAGGACGAGACCGACGGCCGGACCCUGCGCCAGGUCAUCCAGCUCACCUUCGAGAAGGCCACCGACGAGGCCCACUGGGCGUCCAUCUACGCCAAGUUCUGCAAGAGCAUGCUCGAGAGCAUGAGCCCGGACAUCAAGGACGACAACAUCCACGACAAGGCCGGCAACGUCGUCGCCGGCGGCAGCCUGUUCCGCAAGUACCUGCUCAACCGCUGUCAGGAGGAGUUCGAGCGCGGCUGGAAGGUCAACCUGCCGCCCAAGCCCGAGGGCGAGACCGAGGAGGCCGCCAUGAUGUCCGACGAGUACUACAAGGCCGCCGCCGCCAAGCGACGCGGUCUGGGUCUGGUCAAGUUCAUCGGCGAGCUGUACAAGCUGGGCAUGUUGACGGAGCGUAUCAUGCACGAGUGUGUCAAGAAGCUGGUCGACUACGAGGGCAUGCCCGACGAGGCCGAGGUCGAGAGUUUGACGAGCCUGCUGCGCACCAUCGGUGCCAGCCUCGACGUCUCCGAGCGCGGCCACGCCAUGAUGGACGUGUACUUCCAGCGGAUUAAGAUGAUGGUGCAGACCGAAGGUUUGCCCAGCCGUAUGCGCUUCAUGAUUCUGGAUAUCAUUGAUCUCCGUGCUGCCAACUGGAGGUCCAAGGAUUCCGACAAGGGACCGAAGACCAUCCACGAAAUCCGUGAAGAGGCCGCCCGUGCUCAGCAACAAGCCGAGAUGGAACGGAUGCGGCAGCAGCAGAACAACCGCGGCGGCGGCCGGAUGGCCAUGGGCCGCGGUGAUGCGCGCAACUUCGGUGGUUACGGCCACCAGGCGCCCCCUCCCGACUACGCGUCGAGCAAGGUCGGCAGCGAUGAUCUGCGACGUCUGCGGACGGCGCGGAACACGAGCCAGCCCAUGUCGUUCGGACCGUCCAGCAUGCUUGGAUCGCGCAGCAACAGCCGUCGCAACCUGGGCCCCGGCGGCAAUCUGGUGCGCGGCAGCGACGACAGCGGCGCCAGCAGCCGUACGGGCACGCCGCCCGCCGGCAAGAAGGAAGACAAGGAGGCCGCGUCCUCGAUGAACGCGUUCAGUGCCCUGGCCAGCUUGCAGGAUCACGACAGUCUCGCGACGUCCCCGCCGUCGGCACACACCUCGCCGAUGCUCAGCAAGUCGCAGCCCGCCGUGGAGCGACGGCCGUCCAAGACCCCGUCUAAGGACGGCACCGACGCGUCAUAGACACGUGGCUUUCAUUCUUUCACAACUUUUCUUUUCUUGUUUCUUUUUUUUGUCUAUUCCCCUCUUCCCUUCUCGUGCAUGAUUAUAUUUUUUGACGGAGGGACAUAUGGAAUGUACACAAUGAACGAGCGGGAAAAAAAAGAGAAAAGUCAAAAAAUCAACAAAGAAAAAAAACACAUCCAAGAAAUAAAAGCGACGGUAAUGACGAUCGAUGAUGGACGGACCAACGAACGAACCAGAGGGAGAAUCAAAAAAGACAAU